AUUGCGCUAUGUAGUCUGCGUCGUCUCUGGCAGAAAUGCCUUCAUUAGAUCCCUCAACCGUGCUGAAUGCCUCCGUCCCUGCAUCCGCCAUGCCACUCAUAUCUCCCGAUGCGCUUCUCCACGCACACCUGAAGCAGAGCCCGCCGAGGCGACCUUCCAAUCGCCUCACUUCGGAACCACGACCUAUCCAGCUCAACGUGGGCUCUUUGACGCAUUGCAACGGGUCUUCCUUGGUUAAGAUUGGAGCGACGACCAUAGUGUGUGGUGUACGCGCGGAAAUACUCCCUACGAGCGAAAUUCCUAGUUUUCGAGUCACCAAGUCUGCAGACAAAGACUGGACAUUACGAUCAAGACCGAAGAACGAGGUGGAUGACCAUGAGGGCGAAGGAGAAUAUUCGGCCACUCAGCUGUACAACCUUGUAGUCCCAAACAUAGAGUUGGCUACGGGCUGCUCGCCCAGACACCCCGCCAACACCGCACCUUCAGUUGAAGCGCAGUCAAUAUCCCAGCGACUGCUGUCGCUACUUCACACCUCGCAGCUAGUCAGAACCUCGGACCUCGAAAUCAUCUACGCCCCACCUCCUGAGUCCCAAGACUUGGAGCUAGGCAUAGAUGCCGAAGCUCAGUUGAAAGCGUACUGGACGCUUUACAUUGACAUGAUGUGUAUCAGCCACGGCGGAUCGGUAUUCGAUGCAGCCUGGCUUGCGCUGGACGCUGCGUUGCGAAAUUGCCUCCUACCGAAGGCCUGGUGGGACGCGGACCUGGAAAAAGUCAUCUGCUCGAUGGAUGUGAAGGAGGCACGGAAACUGCGGCUGAGGGGAAUGCCAGUCCCAAGCAGUUGGGGGUUGUUUGUGCCCGAAAAACGACUGUUGACCAUGCAGAAUGACGGAGAAGAUCGGUCUUGGAUUCUUAUGGACUUGGACACCUUCGAGGAAGAGUCGUGUGCGGAGGUGGGAUGUAUCACGGUGGACUGCAGCAACGGUGCCGAUUCAGCGGUGGUUUUGAGGAUCGAGAAGAGUGGCGGCUCUGUGGUUGGGGUCGAUCAGAUUGCACAGGUGGCCGAAUCCGCCAAACAGAGGUGGCAGCAGUGGAAGAAUGUACUGGACACGGCUUUGACUGCUUGAGAGAUUGAUCUGAUGGCGCAUGUCUGCGAAACAGAAAAUUGAUACCCCCUUUUGAUGUCGACACCGGUUGAGCAGGUUCGUGGUCUAGGUUGGCCCUCGUCGUGCAAGACCUUCUUUGACUGUCCUGGAAAUGUUGUAUGCUUCUCAGGGGAAAAUGUUACCGUCUGCCUGGUCAGAAACCUCACCACUACUUUGCUCCUCCAUUCCACGAGCCAGCAGCGUCCAUACGAGUACAAGCCCCCCACUGUGAUAGGGUCCUUUCAAUACCGAUGUAUGGGAAAGAAGCCUCAUUCAGCCUCUCAAAGGACACACGAAGGAGUUUGUUCAACCACAGCCUACAGUUCUCUGGAUACGCGUCUCGGAUUCCCUCAAAUGGGACAAGUUCUGGAGAAUGAGUCUGCGCUAUUGAUCCACGAAAGUUCCUCCCAGCGAUGUUGGUGUACGCGAGUGUGAAAUACAAUCCUCACGAUAUUUUCCGACGCCUUCGCAAAUGCGCACGAAUAAAGAGCCGCCUCUUUCCGAAUGUGCUCGAGUUGUAACCUGCACGCAGUAAUUGCCAGCCAUGACCUCCAGCUCCGUCCAUGCUCCUGGACUCUACUGCCCUCUAUCCUCGGCCUCGUCUGCCGCCGUCAACGCCGACUUCAAGUGUACGAACAAGGUUUCCGCAAACUGCGGCGGGACCGCGUUUCCUAUCUGCCGCAGCAUCUCGUGAAUGGUGCCCGAAAAGACGAAAAAGAGCGGGAAGGUCUGCAGACACGCAUAUUCGCGGAUGCUGAAUCGCCGGUACCCAUAAGGGUGGAAGUGAUGCCCCUUCACCGACGUCAUGAUGGUGGCGCAAAGCCCUUCUCCGCUGUAGGGUGUCCUCGGCGUGCGCAUCUCUG